GUGAAAGCCAAAUGAAAAGACACGCAGCUACAACAUCCUCAAGAUCCCAAGCAAAUUCAACUGAUUUCUUUUCUUUGAAAGCAUGGAUGCAUCAUCAAGCAGAAGAAUUGUGGUUGUGGGAAAAACUGGAGCUGGGAAGAGCAGCCUCGCCAACACCGUAUUUGGAGAGACUGCGUUCACGGUAGACGAUUCACCCAAUUCUGGAACGAGCAGAUGCCAAGCACAUACAAAAUUUGUCCAUGGAAGAAGCAUUAUGUGGGUCGACACCCCUGGGUUUUUUGACACAGAGAAAUCUGAGGAGGAACUAAAGAAAGAGAUCGGGAAGUGUGUCGUAGAGUGCGCUCCCGGGCCUCAUGCUUUUCUCAUCGUGCUUCAAGUGAACAAAUUUACCAAGCAGGAGAAGGACAUCGUCGACAAGCUGAGCCAAUAUUUCUCUGAAGAAGCUCUAAAAUAUACCAUAGUUCUCUUUACUCAUGGUGACCAGCUCCCUGAGGAAAUGACUAUCGAGCAGUGGGUCGCUCGAAAUGAAGCUUUGAGAGAUCUGGUGAGGAAGUGCGGAGAUCGGUGCCACGUUGUUGACAAUAAACACUGGACGAACAACCAGCAGGAUGAAUACAGGACCAACGAGUUCCAGGUGAAGGAGCUCCUCAAGAGAAUAGAUGGCAUGAUUAGGGCAAACAAAGAGAGCUACUACACCAAUGAGAUGCUACAAAAAUGUGAUAGACACAUACAACAUGAGACAGGAAAAAUUACACAAGCACAUCCAAACAUGCCAAGAGAAGAGAUCAUUGCUCAGGCUAAGAGCAAUGUUCUGGGGCAUUGGGUCCUAGCGUGUUCCUGUAUUGCAGCUGCAGUAUUAUUGGGAAUUUUCUUCGGUGGGAAAAUAAAAUAA